UUAUUUUUUCGGUGCCUGGAAACCGAGUCGGAGUGAGACCUCCUGCUCCCGGUUCUCUGUGUAACGGAAGACAUUUUGAGCCGCUGCGGUCGCUCCGGUCGGUUAUUGGGGUGUCAGCCUGUGUUCGGGGCUGACGUACCGGGAGUCAGCCUCCAGUUAGAGCUGGGAAAACGACGACAUUUAACGGGAAAAACGUUUUAAAAACCGGCGUAUGCGCAGCUCAGCUAGCUAGCUUAGCGCCUCAAGCUAAAGCCACCAAAGCUAGCAAGGUCCUAGAUGCUAGUUAGUUAGCGGCAACUAGCUGGCCUGCCCUCCUCCACUUCCUCCUCCUCCACCUCCUCCUUCCUCCUCGACAGCCGGUCCCUUCUUCAGAACACAAUGGCUUUAAAACGAAUUUCUAAGGAGCUAACCGACCUGUCCAGAGAUCCUCCUGCUCAGUGCUCUGCUGGACCCGUCGGUGAAGACAUGUUUCAUUGGCAAGCUACUAUUAUGGGGCCUCCUGACAGUCCCUACCAGGGCGGCGUAUUUUUCCUGACCAUUCAUUUCCCUACAGAUUAUCCCUUCAAACCACCCAAGGUCGCCUUCACAACCAGAAUUUAUCACCCAAAUAUUAACAGUAACGGCAGCAUCUGCUUGGAUAUAUUGAGAUCACAGUGGUCUCCAGCAUUAACUAUCUCUAAAGUCCUUUUGUCCAUUUGUUCUCUGUUAUGUGACCCGAACCCUGACGACCCGUUAGUGCCAGAGAUCGCUCGCAUCUACAAAACAGACCCAGUAAGGUACAACAAGACAGCUCAGGACUGGACGCAGAAAUACGCCAUGUGACCCGCCGCCGCCGCUCGCUGCUGGAUUAACGGUUUGAUCCUCAUGUGGCCACGCCCCCUUUUCACCGCCGUAUCCGCAGUUUGUUCACGUUUUUGUUUGUUUCUUUCGUCCCGACGCUUUUAAAUUCGAGGACUCUUCGCUGUGAAUGUGCCAACUGCAAAACUAAAAGAAAAAACCCACGAAGAAGAGUGGACCGGAGGCCGUUCCAGCGGCGGGAGGACGCCAAUCAAUAAUCAAUAAUGCAUGUCAGCGAUGGGUUCACGUGCUGCUGAGAACACACGUGUCCACUUUUAAAAAAAGAGGCUUUUUCUGGGUUCCUUCUUGUUUUUUGUUUCUAGACGAGCCGUUAGUUCAUCCUUCAUCCAACACUGUCUCCGGUUUUUGCACUGAAAAGAAAAAAGCUCUCAGCGGCUGAUCGAUCAACUAAUAGCUCUGUGACGUUUUUCUCAAUAAAGUUGAACAAAUUGCA